AUGACCAUGUUUCCUUGCAGGGGUCUGCGCGUGGUGGGCGUGUGCGUGCUCGUUGUAGCCCUGGUCUCCGCCCAGCUGACCUUCAGCCGCGACUGGAGCGCCGGCAAGCGGGCGUCCCCGGUCGCCUUCGACUGCAGCCAGUUCGCGCAGAUCUGCCGCCAGUUCAUUGUGAGCACACGCCAGGCUGCCAAGCGAAGUAUGCUGCGGGCGAGUAUGCUCGGACGUAUUGGACGACCCGACGUCGGACCACGUCUAAGACGGACCGAGUAUGCUCGGACCUAUUGGAUAACGGACCACGUAAAAGACGAGCCAUUCGAGGUUCUCGAUAUUCGCUGGCACGACCUGAGGCAAUCCCUGACCAAAGAGAAGUUCGGCAAACAUCACAAGGCGGUCAGACAGGAGCUCGCAGUGGAUUAUGACGAUGACAAA